GGACGGAGCGGAGCGGAAGGCCGAUGAAGUGGUGUGAGUGGUGGCGAGUCAGUCGCAGACUGGAGUGCCCUGUGAGAGCAGGGGACGGACCGAACGAACGGAACGAACUCUAUAACUAAUCGCUCGUGACGCUUCGUCGUCUGUCCGAAUGUCCGUCCCAUCGCCCGACGCCGUGCUUAGACAACGUUCCUCGAUUUACCGUUCCCUUUUUCUCCCGGUGACGUGAGCCGAGUUGUGACGCGUAUCGCGGACCCCGGUGAGAAUCUUCAUCCACCACGAUUCUGUACCAGUGUAGAAGUUUUUUCGUCGCUUAGGUGUCUCGGGUUCCGUUUGUUCGUGCCUUCGUUGGAUAUCCACCUGUGUGAAACACCUUCGAGGACUGUGUUUGUUGAUCCUCCACGUUCCGUCGGCGAUUGCGAGCUGACGCUGCUUCGCUGACAUGUGCUCGCUACUCGGAUGUCCCGAUUCGGACUCCAAAACACCCUGAUGGCAAUCUCCGUUCGCGAACUGUCGCGUUCGUACGUCGCCUGUCGGCUAGUUACCACCUUCGCCUCUUGCAUCAGCUCCCCGACGACACCGGUACUGACUUAGUGAUCAAACAGUGUUGUAGUAGUGCGUGCAGGUGCGGUUGUGACCUAAUUCUUCGUUAGCCGCGAGAGACAUCGAAAUAAAUAGAGACAGGGGUCGUUAGAAAGAGAAACGGAGAGAUAUAGAAUUGAUCGUCAACGCCCGUCGAACCCGGCUGAGAUGUCAGCGUACGCGCAGUUCGGAUACUCGUAUCCGUCGGCGUCCCAGCUGCUGGUGAGCGGCGGACAGCCAACGACGGCGACGUCGCCGGCGAUGUCGUCGGGAGGUGCGUUGAGUCCUGGCGCACUCUCACCGUCGUCGACGGCGACGACGACGGGCGCCGCGGCGGCGGCUGCAUCCGGAGGUGCUAGCACCCCGGUUGGCGGUGCCACGGGGCCUGGUUGCUGCGAGAACGGUAGGCCGAUGAUGACGGACCCGGUGACAGGGCAAACGGUGUGCAGUUGUCAGUACGACAGCGCCGCGAGGCUUGCCCUGGGUGCGUAUCCAAGGUUAGCACCCACCGCGACCUCCUACUCUUCUUACCCUACGCCGACACCCUCCACCACCGACCAAGGGCCCUACCCCAGUAUCGGCAUGGACAGCUCUGCGUUCUACCCUCCUUUGGGAAAUCCGUACGGAUUGAAGGACACGACGGGGAUGGGCAUGACGGCGGAUAUGGGUGCUGCAUGGGGCACGGCCGCCCUUCAGCCUGCCACCACGGGUUACUACCCCUACGAUCCAACCCUGGCCGCCUACGGAUACGGCGCCGGAUAUGACCUGGCCGCGCGGCGGAAGAACGCGACGAGGGAGUCGACGGCUACCUUGAAGGCAUGGUUGAACGAGCACAAGAAGAAUCCUUACCCUACCAAGGGCGAGAAGAUCAUGUUAGCGAUCAUCACGAAGAUGACGUUGACGCAAGUGUCCACUUGGUUCGCGAACGCGCGAAGACGCUUGAAGAAGGAGAACAAGAUGACCUGGGAGCCGAAGAACAAGACCGACGACGACGAUGACGCGGUUCUCACGGAUUCGGAGGAUAACAAGGAGAAGGACGAUUUGACAGGGGACAAUCAAGGUGACAGGGUUGGAGAGGAAGCGAGGAGGGGUCUCGAGGAAAACGAGCCGAUGAGGCACGUGAAAGCGGAGCACUUGCAGCACGACAAGGACCUCGACGAGGAGGACGACCUGGAUCUCGAGGAGGAUCCGCGACGAGGAGAGCAUCCCUUUCACCACGCGAUGCAGCACCACCACCAUCAUCACCAAGGAUACACAGGGGAGGACCACCUGAAAGACGAGGGCAUCAAGUCUGACUGUAGCGCGGCCGGGGUACCCAUACCCGCGACAAAACCUAAAAUCUGGUCCCUAGCGGACACGGCAGCCUGCAAAACACCGCCGCCACCCUCGCAUCCCCACCAUCAACAGUACCACCACCUCCAUCAUCAACAGCAUUACGCUCAACAGCAACAGCAACAACAACAACAGCAGCAUCACUUGACCAAUCAAGGCCAUCAUCAUCAUUCCCAACAACCUUGGCUCGGUUCCGGUGGCGGAGGCGGUACCGCUGGCGGUGGCGGCGGUGGUGGUGGUGGAAAUUUGAGCUCGUUCGCGUUGCCCUCGUCGGCGUCGAUGAGUCCCUCCGCAGCGGCAACUGCACCGUAUUCAAGCGCUGCCACGAGGUACGGUGGUUUUCUCUCCUCCUCGUCCGGAGGUCAGCUCCAUUACAACCCCAACUCCUCUUCCGGCUCGAGCUCGAGCGCGUCCUCGUCAGCGGCGGCGGGGUUUCCCGAGGUUGGUACGGACACUCCACCCCAGACACCGCCCAACAUGAAGGUGGCUACACCGAAUGGAGUGAUCCAGGCACCACCGGGCGGUUAUUGCACUGGUGGCAACGGCAACGCCACUAGCAACGGUAAUCCAAAUCCGUACGGGGCCAGUCAUCCGGCCGCCGGUUAUCUCUCGACCAGUUCCGGCUCGGCCAGCAGCGCUUCCUCCUUCAGCUCCAGGCUACAAGCGUCACCGCACAAAGACUUCUCGCCGGCGGCACAGAAUUCCAUUCUUCAUCAGCAUCAAACCACUGCCAGUUUACCACCCACGGAGGCAACGACUGCCUUCAAACCGUUCUACAAGGGAUCGCAAUCAAUGGGCAGCGGAUUCGUGUCACCGGUCUAAGCCAAGCUGGAUCGACGUUGGAUCAACGACGCGUACCUCGAGGAUCAAGCGACGGGCUGGCAGAGGACGCAAGGGCCCACGACCGGACUGUAAAUACGUUCUGCUGAGAGGUCCUGGGAUUUAUUAGCGUUCGUCUCUCGGCCUCGAGCAGUAGAAAAGAAUCAGGAAGAAGGAAACGACGUGGCAGAGGGGAAUGAAAAACUGUGUAGGCUCUUGAUGCAAAGAAGGGAAGCUAACGGUUCGUCCUUGAGAUACAUAAAUCGUGUCCCAUUGGAUCGUCGCGCAAGGUGUGCGACUACGAAAGACGAAUGGGGAUGGUUGACUCGUGAGUCGAGCAGCCGGCGGCUUAGAGAAGAUUUAGGAAUUAGGGGAAUUACGUGGAAGUGGUUGCUUACGCACGAGUACGUAAGGAGAGGAAGAAGAAACUGGUUGGAUAGAUAGUAGAUUUCCAGAGAGGACGUGCACCGAAUUACGCGUCUCUCGCGUCUAGGAAUGCGAGAAGAAGCGUCAUCCUUUUCGACAUCCACAGAGUCCUUUAGUCCUUUAGUCCGUGUUUUUUUUUUUUCUUUUUUUUUCUCUCUUUCGUAUUCGAUCGAUUUUAAAAAACAUGCUCGCGAUUUUCCCGCGUUUCAAACGAUCCAGGAUCAUCCUUAGUCAAGAUUUCACCGUCGAUCGUGUUCCAAAACCGGUCCUUUCGAUUCUGUAAAUAAAACGGCGUGAUUCCACGACGAUUUGGAAAGGUAAGCUUAACCGGUAACACGCUCGAGAAUCGAUUUCUAUACACUGCGCCCUACUAUUUCAUUAUGGUCAAUCAAUAUUUUGUACAAAUUUUAAUUUUAGAAGAGGAAUCUUUAAUAUUUUGUAGAAUUUCUUUGACUAUCGAUACCGUUAGACCCUUAUUAAAUCCUUUUUCAGUUAAAUCGGGGAUGUCCAUAAUGAAGUGAUAAGGUAUUGUUGUAAUUUAUGUGGAGGAAAGAACGAGUUCGAUUUCAGGACACCCUGCUGGUUGUUCUUUAUCCAAUCGUUCACUGAACGUCGCGGGUCUGUUUAGAUCCUUCCGAGGAUCGAGAACCUCGCGAUUCACGGGCAACGUGCAAAGUAACAGCCUUUGAAUCGAUCUAGGACAUGAUUUUAGCUCGAGUUACCACGAGGAAGAGAAGAAUAAAGAACGAACGAGACCCCCUUUUUACCACGUUCGCGUGACUCUUGCUUUUCUGUCCGUAGAUCAGAGUUCAAAUGGCGAAGGAAGUUGGCGAACAGCUAUAACUAUCCUUAAACUACCAUUGACUCUUUAAUUAUGAAGUAUUCUCGUGCAAGAUGCACGAAUCGCACGCGUGUUCAAAGAAUCGCAGAGCAGAAACAAAUGGAGAACCUUCGAGACUGGAGAAGGAGAACGCGUGUUAGUAGCUGUAAAACACUAAUUAAGAGUAAAAAAUUCGUCCUUUUUCGCGCGGGCACCGUGCACUCGUGAUCCUUCCGGUUUCCUGGCUCGCGAGAGGAUCCGACGAUGCGACACACGCGAUCUACUCGCAAUUUCUUUUUUAAUUAGCAUCGUACUUUUAUUUCGAACCGUCUCUGUGCAAUAUAUUUUUCUUUAGAUGUACGUUGAUCGUGAUCGCGUUGGAAUUGGAGGAUUUUUAUGGUCAUUGGCGUAACUAGGUGAGAAAUAGGAUGGACCGACUUAUUUUUUUUUUUUUUUUAAUUUAUCUGAGUAUCUAAAUUUUUGAAAACCUAAUUACGCCAUUGAUGAUGGUAAUCGCCAGGACGAAGAUCGAGAUGAUAACGGUGAACGAGGUGCACGGUGCUCGAGAUUGUUGAUAUUUUUUUAUAUUAUAUGUGUAACGUAUAAAAUCAUCCCUCCUUUCGAGUACAGUUUCGAUGAUUGCGAGUGGUGGAAUCGAAAGCACGGGAGCGAGUGAUCGUCCAGGAAGUGAGAGUGUAUGAGAGAAAGAGAGAGAAUGCAGGAUGUGGAGAGAACGAGCAGAGAGAUGGAAGAAGGAAGGAGAGACGACUAAACGAGGUAAAGACAAAAAGAAAUUGACUAUCAUUUUGUACUUUGACAUAAGCGAGUGUACGCGUGCAUGUUACCGUCGAAGGGAAGAGGGAUUCAAAGAAAGUAGUCUGAUAAAAAAGGUAAAUUGAAAAAGAAUGGCAUCGAUGGUGGUGGUAUGGGGUCGAGGGUGAGAAAGGGAACGAAAGGAGAAAUAUUGUACAUUGUUUUGUAAAGAGUACAUUUAUUUAUAUCUGUGAUAAUGGGCGAGGUUAAAAGGGAAUUGAAAGGGAAAGAAAGUGAAAGAUUGAAAGAGAGUGAGAGAGAGAAAGGUAGAGUGAAAAAAUAUACAUAUACAUGAAAAAAAAACAAAAAAAAA